CAGGCGGGAGCGAGUAGAAUGCGAAUUGAAGCUCACCAGGUAUUCAAUGUGAGUAUUCAAUUAUGCGAGUUCUUCAACGUCGACUUGUCUGAUCGGGGUUAUUACCAGAUUCGACUGAGGCCACGAAAAACAGCGGAAAUUGGAUCAGUAGACAUAUCACACGAUACGGAAGGGGACCGGGAUACUGGGCCUAAAACAUCGAGUAAUAUUCUUUUAGCACAUGUCUAUCAAGGAGCGGCUGUCAGUAAAACAGUUGAAGUAACUUAUCAACAUGAAAAAUUCAAUUUAGAUGAUUGGUUCCAUAUUUCGGUGCAAUUCAAUUCGACAUUGAACUUGUGUGAGCCUCAAAAAUUAGAAAUUGAAAUUGAAUUAUUAUACAUGGACCGUUAUCAUCCUCCACAAUAUGAAUCCUUCGUGAAAAUCACAAAAAGAAUUGUCGAAAUUCCUCUGGAUCCAACACGACUCGUCGCCGCCGCUCGUUCUUUAUAUUUUGACAGUACCUACCUAUCUGCGAUAACUAUGAGUGUUUUUAGUAGUUUAGUUAUGGUAGCCACGCGGCAACGGAAGGCAAAUGCAUCAGAAUCGGCAUCAUCUACAAAAAGCACAAAACUCCGACGAGUUUAUAACUCAUCUGCACAUGCUUUAUUAUUCGCAACUCGAUCUAUUCAACAGUUCAUCGUCAAUAAUUCACGGCUCAUUAAUGCAUCGGUUUCAGUUGUUGUUCUGGAUGUACAAACAGAGAUGAAAGCGGCUCUUCAACAAUUCGAUAGCUCAGAUCAUCCGACAAGAUGUGUUGAGACCGAUGUAUGCGAAUGGAGCACUAAAAUUACCCUAAUAUAUCAACAAAUGUUGAUUCUUUUUCGAAAAUCAAAAGAGCUCAAUCAACAACUGCUUCUCAUUUUCGAUAAACAACGUCGUGCAGUAUUUCGUGAGGCAUUUUGGAUAAAUGAACGACCAAUCGAUAAAUGUUUAAUAAGAACACCAGUAUCGGUUCUCGAACAUUAUAAAUCUAUUAUCAAGGUGGAUUAUUUGAGGAAGCUUCCACGCUGCACAAUUUUCUGCGAAGAAACUGAUUGUCCUGGAGAAUUUUGCCCGAUUAUCUUUGAAGAUGUUUUUACUCGAAAUUCUGUUGGAUUGUUAGAUUUGAAUAAUGCCAAUAGGCAGGUUACCAUUCCAAAUAGUGCAUCGAUGCCGGUUGUGAAAGCCCAUGAAAAACACAAAUCAUUCCGCGAAAAGCUACGUAACGAGACUAGAAAGUUGAUUCAUCCUCGACGUAAAAGUUUGGAUUGCUCACAGUCUCUGUCUCGGAAACUGGAUGGAGGAGUAACUUCACGAAGCCGCACCAAGACACUGAAAGAAACCACGUCGACAGAUGGAGGUGGUGGUCUACUGUUGAAAAAUAUUCCAAAUUCGCAGGAAAAUAAUUUCUCUCCGGAAUUUCCUGGGCCGUCUCGCGAUACAGCAACGGAAAGCCCAAGCUGUAGCAGUGAACCAAUAGCGUCUCCGUCUCCAUCAUCGGAAUUCGGUCGAUGCUCUGCUGCGGGUGAAUUGUUUCAAGAUGACGGCAUUCCGUUAAUUUCAAAAGAGAGUGUUACUUCUGAAGAGAUUGCAAAUGCUCUUCGAACAUCCGUAUCCGCCGACGAUGUUCUAUCAUGCAGAGUCACAAGUUCAACAGAUAUGAAAUUGACUGAAGAACAUCCAAAAGAUAGAAUGGCUGAAUUUGAAUUGCUCCGUGAACGAGAAGCUGCGAAGAAAAUGCUCAGACAACAGACGAACUACGAAGGACAUCUUUACAGUGAGCAAUCCGGGAGGUCAACCGCCGGCCCAGUAUGUACACCAAUAAAGUCGUCGCUAGUGAUUGGAGAUCCAGUCGUAAGAUCAAAGAAUAAAACUCAUUUGGUCGUUUUUGUGCACGGACUCGAAGGAUCACAAGAAGAUCUUGUCCCAUUCCGAUGUGGUCUUGAUCAAGCAAUUGCUGCUCAUUAUCAUUGUAUUCAGAUGGAAGGACGAGAUUUUGAUGAAGAACCUUGGGCUUUUGAAUACUUGAUGAGCAGUGCUAAUCGUAGUCAAACGUGGGCAGAUAUUACCACAAUGGCUCACAAUUUGUUGUCAGAAGUUCGAGAAUAUGUUGAAGAGGCCAGAAAUGAUAUUCAACGAAUUAGUUUCUUGGCCCAUUCUCUGGGUGGAGUGAUCGUCCGAAGUGCUGUUGGCUUGGCUCCAGAAGUUGAGAUGCAAUGGAUGAUUGAUAGAUGUUAUACACUUAUGACUAUCAAUUCACCACAUCUUGGACUAGCCUAUGUUCAGAAACAUAUUCAUUGGGGUGUACAGUUUGUCAAGUGGUGGAAAAAGUCUCGUUCAAUGGAACAAUUAUCGUUCCGUGAUUCUGUUGAUUUCGCAUCGUCUUUUGUUUAUAAAACCUCUCUGAACAAUGCAUGUGGGAAGUUUAAGAAUAUUCUGCUAGUCGGAACACCUCAUGAUCAACUUGUUCCCUACAUGUCUUCUCUGUUGGUUCCUUCAAAGAUUUCUUCCGAAGAUCAGUCACAAUUUGGAGAGGCCUAUAGAGAAAUGAUGACAGCCUGUCUGAGUUCAAUUCAAAACAGUGAAAAAAGUGAGAAUCUCGUCCGUUACACUACAUUCCAUCAACUCGGAUCCUCGAACACUCAAAAAAUCACUGGAAGAGCUGCUCACGUCAUCGCCCUGGAAGAUUCGGUAUUCAUAGAGAAGCUCUUCAAUAUUUCAGCCGUCCGCUAUUUUGUAUAGAAUCAUGAUUUUUGUAUUCUGAUUGUAAAUUAAAUUUUUGAUGUUAGUAGAUUCACUAGAAAAUAUCAAUAUUCAAUAAGUAAUCACAUUUUUUGGUCCAACCUCUUCUUUUUUUUUUAUCAUGUCGCCAUCACUACUUAUCACACAUUCCAUCAUUCUCAGGCUAUUGCAUUCCAACUUUUUAUUUCAAAUUUCCCGUUUUUUCUCUUCAGUUGCCCUUCCCGAUUCAUCAUUCCAAAAAUUCAAUUUUUCUUUUUCCGAUGACGUGUAAAUCUAGCUUCAGAAUCCAGACAAUUUCAGCUUUUUUCAAUAUUUAUUUUAAUUAUUUCUUGAUCUUUUAAAUUUAUUUAUUCUAAUUUAUAUUAUUGGUUCAAUAGUAAUAAUGAAAAGAAAUAGUAGUUUUUCUUUCUUCCGUUAUGUUCUGAAAAUAAUUUUGGAUUGAAACCAGCUUGAGA